UCGAGGAAAGCAACAAGUUGGCUCAUCCGGAAAUGGGUUAAAUUUAUGGUUAACGGCGAAUUCAGAGCCUUGGGACACCGGGAGACUAUUAUUUGGCUCACACACUUGAGGAUCCUCUUCGCCAAGGACAGGAUUUAGCUCUGAGUGCCGGAGGGUGCAAACAUUGGGUUACAAUGUUGGGGGUAGAAAAUUUCUUAAAACUGCUUUAAAAUGGGAGCGGUGCAGCCGGGUGUAAAACCCCCAGCAGCGCCCCUGGUGCGGAUUGUAAGCCUCCCCCUGGUGCGGAUUGUAAGCCUCCCCUCUCAAAGGAAGAGGUUUCCAGCUGCCUCACAGGAUACACAGUGUCCAAUGUGGCAAAAGUGAUCCAAACCACUUUGGUUUCUGUUCAGUCCUUGUUGUGAGCAGGAUUAUUACGCACAGCCCAUGGGUGGGGGGAACAGAUAAUGAUCUUCUCGCAAGCGCUCCUGCAAGGAGCGGGACUCCCGCCCACUCUGCGCAUCCGCACCAGUCUGCGCGGGCGGAGCGAGCGACGCUUUUCUGCUGGAUCUUCCCCCUGAGGGCUGGGUUUACGGUGAGAUAGAGCCUUCACAAAAGCCCCCUUUUCAAGCCCGGGGAAAGGACCCGCAAACACUUUGACGCCGCCACAUUCGCUGCAACUUCAAGCCGAGCGGGAGAAACACGUUGUUGGCUGAGUUUUGUGGUUAGAGGCAGCUGUGUCUUCACUUGGUGUUGCUCUUGAGUUUGAGGUGCCCAUGGAGUGGAAUCCUGGACUUUUAAUUGUAGGGGUCUCGUUCGGGGGUUUCAAACUGAUCAGUCGAGGUCUGGACUAUCUUCCAACCCCAGAAUCUGCCCAGAGGAACACCUGGAAAUGGAGAAACAUCUGUACCUCCAUGGUGCACAGUGUGGUGACAGGCAUCUGGGCUGUCUUGUGUUUUUAUUUGCACCCGCGGAUGGCUGAGGAUUUGAUCGAUACCCAUUCUCCCUCCUCACACGCUCUGGUUGCAGUUUCCGUAGGUUAUUUCAUCCAUGAUUUUACAGACAUGCUGUGGAACCAGAAGUUUCAGAAUUCCUGGGAACUGCUUUUCCACCAUGCUGUGGUAAUUACUUGUUUUGGAAUUUCUGUCAGCCUCUGCAGCUACAUUGGAUUUGCGGUUGUAGCCUUACUGGUGGAAAUCAACUCGAUCUUCCUCCACCUGAGGCAGAUUCUUCUGAUGGCCAAUAUGGGCAAAACUACUUGCUUCCGCAUCAACAGCAUCAUCAACCUAGGAACCUACGUCAUCUUCCGCAUCAGCACGCUGGCCUGGAUGACACGCUGGUUGGUCCUAAAUCGUGACAACAUCCCUCUGGUGACCUACAGCAUCGGCAGCGUGGGAAUGGCCAUCAUGACUCUGAUGAAUAUUGUGCUCUUUUACCGACUACUAAGAAGUGAUUUUUUGAAAUCUAGCAGAGAAGGGAAGAAAGAAAAGUAGCAGUAAAAUUGCACAUUUCAUCCACAAUCCUGGUGCUUGGAUUUCUGAAUGAAGAGCAAAAGAGGGACCUUUAGCUCCUUUGAAUUUAUCUGGUCCCAUUCAAUUAAUGUGGAAUUCUGGAUAGCUUGAUGGGCUUACAUAUUUUUGAAAUCUAUACCUAAUAUUUUACAUGGUGACUUUUUUUAUCUUACGAUGUUGUGAAUGAUGUGAAAAAAUGAAAAUGAAAAAAAAAUUGCAAAAUGUUUUUUUUUCUAAACGUUGUUUAGUGCUACAGAAGAUUUCAUAACCUUGUACUACCUCGCUUUAAAUUAUAUUGGGCAAGUGUUAUGCUAUCAGGCAAUGUUGCAGUGAUUGUUACUAAACACAUCCCAAGAGGGUUCAUUCUAAAUAGUUUCAUGUUGCCUUUAUUUGAUGCUGAAAAAUCAAUUUAAUAAAUUAUAAAUUCAGAUGCCUCCAAAUGUCAGUGACUCAGCUUCCCAACAAAAUGUGUUGAAUCAAACACAAUCAUGUUAAAUAAUAAAGAAAUAGGGAGUGAGACUGCAGCCCAUCAGAGGUAUCCUGGAAAUAAUGAAACAUUUGAAUACUCUCGCAAAGUGCAGUGCUCGUUUACUAAAUGUGUUCAUUUUAUAUAAAUAUUUAAUAGGGAGUUACUUCACUUUAUAUAAAGUGAUGGCAGAUUUUAAAUAGCCAAAAGGACAUUCUGUGUUAAUGGUGUUUCAAUGUGGACACAGCCUAAGCAGAUAUAUAUAACAAAUAAUUUCAUCUUGAAUAUACAUGGCUUCAAAAGCUGUAAUAUAUUUAUAAUAUAUCUAUAUAUGCAACUAAAUUGUUUGAAGUAAUGCUAAUAACCACAUACUCUAGUUUUUUUGGACUGGUUUUAUUAUAUAAUUUGUUUUAUACAGUAUUCAGGCUCAGACAAAACAGAGCUUUCAGUUGAUAGAGAAUAAUUACUUUCUACUGUUACAGAAAUUGUCAGUUUUUCUUUUAUUGGAAAAUAUUUUUGUUGUGCUAAAUGUUGAUAUAUUUUAUUCAAUACUAAAAUUCUGAGACCACUUUUUGAACUUAUAAAUUUUUUUUGGCAUUUUGACUAUUUACAAUGUAUAGAACGUAAUCAAAAAUAUUAAAUGUGGAACAUUUA